UCGCCGGAGUUCGAUUAAUUUGUGCGCGGAAUAGCGCCGAGCGGAAAGGACAGGAUGAGAUCGAGAGGAUCGGGAGGACCUCCGUCGCCCGGUAAUUACAUGAGAGUUCCGUAAAAUAAUACAAUCCGACGUGCCCGACGUACCGAAGAAACGACGAAUCCCCGUAUUUUCGAGGACCUGUCGGGAGUGGGGAUGUACAAGCUGCGCGGAGAUCCUGAAGCGGUGGGAGAAACCAGGAUCCAGGGAUGUUUCAAUCACGGGUUCUGGUCCGAAGGAUCCGUUUUCAGAAUUCUAAAUUCUACAACCAGGGUUUGACAUCAUAAAUUUCAUUUAUUCGGAUCUUCCAAUCAGGACUCCGGACGCGAGGCUUUCAAGAAUACUUUUCAAACGAUAAUCGAAUUGUACAAGGGUCAACAACGCGUCGCACGAUUUAUUUUUGAGGUUAAAUGCGUACAACUGGACAAUCAUGUGUAAUAAAUCGUGCAUUGUCGAACGAUUACCGUUUUCAGAAAUGAGAAUCCGCAUGAAUUGUUUAAGGCGCACAAACUUCGCAACGCAAACCAGAUGUGUGAACGCAUUUGUUCGGUCGUCAGUAGUACAAGUCGGCGUUGGGUCAGGCAUUUAGCUUCGUCGGUACUACCCUGGCAAGCGGAAAACGUUGCCAGCUAAGGAAACAGGAUAUCCCUGGGGAAUAAUAGAUCGAUGCUUCGACCUGUAUAGUAAGGCAAGGGACGCCUGUUGAUAUAAAACAUGAGUAACUUCAUUCAUGAAAAUAGCUGAACGCGAACACGUUGCGCAAUUUCGCAAUCUACCCGACAUUUCGAAUUCAACGAAAUGGUACAUUUCAUACAUACGAAACGCCGCGAAAUUUUUGUGACGACUAUUACCGCCGUUGCGAACAAACAAAAAUUCCAUUAAUAUUAAUCCAAGAUAACCUUCCGUAAAAAUUUGCGAUUCUGCUCUCAGUUUACUCGUACCUUUUAUCUGCGAGGAACAUUGUUGGCUUGCAGUUUCACGUGCACAUGAAAUGUCAAAGUUCUGUUUGUUCGUUUUUUCCAUUUCUUUGUCAGAACGGCGGGAGAAAUAUACGGAUUUUAGAAACAUAUGUACAAAAUCAUUUAAUUAUUCAUUUUACGAAAAUUUGGAAAAUGUAUUAAAUCGAUUAGGCUAAAAGAAUCUCGUAAUGAAUACGGUGUACAUAAUUGAACAAGAUUUCGAAGUAAUUCGCGUACUCACUCACGACUUACGAUGCACGAAAUACAAUCGUUAAAUAAUCACCGCCGCACUCGAUAUUGAACUUGGGUUGCUGUACCGUAUUCUUUGGCAAUUCAAAUUUUUUCGAAAUGUCCGCGCUCCGGCACUGCCAGUUGAAAUCGAAACAAGAUGACAGCAUCGACGACGAUUCGAGUGUAGGAAGGUUAGAUUUUGUAAAUAUACAAUACGGCUACCAAGCUGAUGACGUUAGAGGCUACACGGAAAAUUUUCAUACAAGAAAACAACUAAAUCAACACCAGAUGAUUAAUAUUUAGGAUAACUGUUGUAAUAAUCAGUUGAGUGAGCGACAAAUACGAACAAAAAUGGCGAAGCAAUCGUAUAGUAUCGUCAUAUCGUAUGGAAAAAGAGAAAGAGGCAGCUGUGGCUAUUGUAAGAACUCCAACACGAGCUUCAGUCAUGGCAUGCAGUCGAUUAUCAUGCAAGUACAAGAUUAUCAAGCUUUAAUGGACAGAGGCUGGAGACGAAGCUCUGGUUACUGCUAUAAACCAUGUAUGGAUCUAUGUUGCUGUCCCUCGUAUACUAUCAAAUGCGAAGCAUUGAAUUUUAAGAUCACGAAGUCACAAAAAAAGAUCUUGAAGAGAAUGGGAAAAUUUCUUCGAAAUGAACUGCAGAAGGACGAUCUAAUGGACACGAGUGAAGAAGAACGAGAUAAUAUCGAAAUCAAUCAUGUUACUCACCAUAAUAAACAUCUGGAGGAAAGUACUCCUGACAUAACAGUCAAUGCUGUGGACGACGAAGUUAUCACGAGAUUACAACCUACAAAUUCGGAGAAAGCUGCUGAAUCUAAUUCGGCAAUGCAGCAAAAGCAGUCUGAAAGUAUAUCUCGGGCAGCGAGUCAGAACGAGAACAGUCAAGCAGGCUCCAGAAGCUUGGAGCAUGUAGAAAUGAACACAACCAGAGCACCCUGUAAAAAAGCGAAACUUUUGCGCAUAGAGCGUAAGCAGAACAAAUUAUUGGCUCAAGGCAAAACUCAAGCAGAAAUAGAUGCUAUGUUCAGGAAAGACAAGCAGCAAAACCAGGGAAAAAGUUUGGAGGAACUAUUUGAUGAAACGUUGAGAGGAACAAAUAGAUUGGAGAUCAAAUUGGUCAGAAUAAAGUCCGACGAAUUUCUCGAAUCGUUCGACGCGACCGCAGACCUUUAUAAAAAAUAUACGAUGGCUAUCCAUGGGGAGUCGGAAGAUACAUGCGAUAAAAAGUCUUUCCUCUACUUUUUUGUACAGCAUCCUCUAGAGCCAUGGACACCGGAGAAUGGACCACCGUGUGGUUACGGUGCGUUUCACGAGCAAUACUGGUUAGACAAUGAAUUGAUAGCCGUCGGAGUAAUAGACAUUUUACCGCAUAGCGUUUCAAGUGUGUAUUUCUUCUACGACCCGGCAUAUUCUUUCCUGUCUCUCGGAACGUUUAGCUCUUUGCGAGAAGUCUACCUGACAAGGCAAUUGAAUAAAUGGGCAAAGGAUUUGCAAUACUACUACAUGGGAUUCUAUAUACACUCUUGCCCGAAAAUGAGGUACAAGGCAAGAAUGAAGCCGUCGAAGUUGCUCUGCCCUGAAACUUACGAGUGGUUUGAUAUCGAUCCCUGCAUCAAGAAGUUGGACAAAGAGAAGUAUUGUAGGUUCAACGAGGACCUCGACGCCAUUGAUCAAGAUGCUAUAGUCGACGUCGACAAGGUGCUGGUUGUGUAUCGGCAAAUAGCGAUGCCGUACAGAAUCUACAGAGAACGAGUUCAGCAGUCGAUAAUAGAAGCGGAAGAAGAAAAACAGGAAAUCGAAGAGUACGCGACACUCGUAGGAAUGAAAUGUGCUCAACGAAUGCUGCUUUACCGUACUUAAGUCAGCGACACGAAACAAAAAAAAAAGAGGCAGAGAGAACGUAUUUUUUUCUUGUGUAUUUAUCUGUUUUUUCCUGAAACAAACACGUUGUCCGUUUUAGCAAGUAUUGUUAAAAACAACAGAUCUUUCUGCAUCCACAGCAAAACGCUACAGAGCAUAGCUUUCAUCGAUUAGCGAAUGCGCGCAAAUAUUUGCAAUCGAAUGUAACGUAGCGUCAAUUAACUGUGAGUCGAGAUGUAAUGUAGCGGUUUCCAAUCGAGUAUUUGUGACGAUUCAUGUAUAGAAUAUGCUAAUAAAACUUCCUAAUAAAAUUA